AUGGAAACCAUUACCAAUUCCGUUUCUAAGUUACUAACAUUGUUUUUAACGGUCUUGUUUGUGGGUUCUGAGCUGAUACAUUGCAAUGUCACCUACGAUAGAAAGUCUCUUCUCAUCAAUGGCCAAAGGAGAAUCCUCAUUUCUGGUUCCAUUCACUAUCCCAGAAGCACCCCUGAGAUGUGGGAGGAUCUGAUUAGGAAGGCAAAACAUGGAGGUCUUGAUGUCAUAGACACUUAUGUCUUCUGGGAUGUCCAUGAACCAUCUCCUGGCAAUUAUAAUUUUGAAGGAAGGUAUGAUCUAGUACGGUUUAUUAAGACGGUGCAGAAGGUGGGGCUUUAUGCCAACCUUCGAAUUGGACCUUAUGUAUGCGCUGAAUGGAACUUUGGAGGAAUUCCUGUAUGGUUGAAGUAUGUUCCUGGCAUAAGCUUUAGAACGGACAAUGAACCUUUCAAGGCAGCAAUGCAAGGUUUCACGCAGAAAAUUGUCCAGAUGAUGAAGAGUGAGAAGUUGUUUCAGUCUGAGGGUGGUCCAAUAAUUCUCUCUCAGAUUGAGAAUGAGUACGGACCAGAGAGCAGGGCAAUGGGAGCUGCUGGUCGUGCAUAUUUAAACUGGGCGGCAAGCAUGGCUGUUGGAUUGGGCACAGGAGUGCCCUGGGUGAUGUGCAAGCAAAAUGAUGCCCCAGAUCCUGUCGUAAGUCCUCUUAUUCUCUUGCUUGUCUCAUUUGCUUCAUUACUAUUUUGUUUGAGGGUUGAAUAUGAUCUAUCCAAUCCUCCGUUACAGAUCAAUUCAUGUAAUGGUUUUUACUGUGAUGAUUUCACUCCAAAUAAACCAUACAAGCCUAGCAUGUGGACUGAGUCUUGGAGUGGCUGGUUUACAGAUUUUGGUGGCCCAAUUCACCAGCGACCAGUUCAGGAUCUAUCAUUUGCAGUUGCUCGUUUCAUUCAAAAGGCUGGAGGCCCAUUCAUUACUACAAGCUAUGACUAUGACGCUCCAAUUGAUGAAUACGGUUUGAUCAGGCAACCCAAAUACAGUCAUUUGAAGGAGCUUCAUAGAGCUAUCAAGCGGUGUGAACAUGCUUUGGUUUCGUCGGAUCCCACAGCUCAUGUAUACUCUUCAGGUGGUGGAACAUGUGCCGCUUUUCUAGCAAACUAUAAUGCAAAUUCUGCUGCUACGGUGACAUUCAAUAACAGGCACUAUGAUUUACCUCCUUGGUCCAUAAGCAUCCUUCCUGAUUGCAAAACUGAUGUAUUUAAUACUGCAAAAGUGAGAAUUCAAACUUCACAGGUAAAAAUGCUUCCUGUCAAUACUAAGUUUUUCUCAUGGGAGAGCUAUGAUGAAGAUCUAUCUUCUCUGGCUGAGAAUUCAAGGAUUACAUCACCUGGACUUCUAGAACAACUCAAUAUUACCAGGGACACCAGUGACUACCUGUGGUACAUAACCAGCAUUGACAUAAGUUCAUCAGAAAACUUUCUUCGAGGUGGACAAAAGCCCAGCAUUAAUGUGCAGUCUGCAGGACACGCUGUUCAUGUGUUUGUUAAUGGGCAAUUUUCAGGGUCGGCUUUUGGGACAAGGGAGCAGAGAAGUUGCACAUUUAAUGGACCUGUAGAUCUCCACGCUGGAAUAAAUAAAAUUGCUCUUCUCAGCGUGACUGUUGGAUUACCUAAUGUUGGUCGGCAUUACGAAACAUGGGAGACGGGGAUCACUGGUCCAGUUUUGCUCCAUGGCCUUGAUCAGGGACAGAAAGAUUUAACGUGGAAUAAGUGGUCCUAUAAGGUUGGCCUCAGAGGAGAGGAUAUGAAUUUGGUGUCUCCCAAUGGGGUCUCGUCUGUGGAUUGGGUCCAAGAAUCACUGGCUACACAAAGCCGGUCGCAGUUAAAAUGGUACAAGGCUUAUUUUGAUGCACCCCGGGGAAAGGAACCACUGGCUUUGGACCUAGAAAGCAUGGGUAAGGGUCAAGUUUGGAUCAACGGGCAAAGCAUAGGGAGAUAUUGGAUGGCUUAUGCAAAGGGUGAUUGUAAUUCGUGCACAUAUUCUGGGGCCUUUCGCCCUGUAAAGUGCCAACUUGGUUGUGGCCAACCCACUCAACGAUGGUAUCACGUUCCAAGGUCCUGGCUAAAGCCAACAAAGAACUUGAUAGUAGUGUUUGAAGAAUUAGGCGGAAAUCCUUGGAAAAUCUCUUUGAUCAAGAGAAUGGUACAUACUCCGGCAGUUCAGGGACAGUGA